AUGGACGAACUUUUACUUGAACCUCAGGCUGAAAGUCAGCCUGGAUCUGAGGAACUCGGUCAGAAGGCGAUGCAAACGACGAAGAUACCUGCAGAUAUCGAAGACGGAGCCGAGAUCACAAAGAGACGAAUUACAAAUGACUAUUCGUCGUAUAAGGCGCUAAGCACCGAGCCUGGUAAAGAAAAUAUCAGGCUGUUACACGUACUGCCUCAAAAGAACGUUGACGAUGACGAUGAGGAGCUUGUCUGCGUGUUGAGCGACCCAAUCGCGAAAACUGGCCGGAUUGUGUACAUCGCUUUAUCGUACUGUUGGGGAGACAUGGCGCGGCAGCGUAGCAUCAGUCUCGUCCACCACAGUUUCGACCAACCGGAUGAUAGCAUCGUUCAAGAGCCUGAAGACGGAGUUCAAGCCGUUGCUGUCAAUGUGACCACUAAGAAAACAUUUAAUGUAACAGACUCGCUCUAUCAGGCUCUAAAGAGCCUCCGAAAGUCGAAAGCUCAAAUCGAGGAAAGUUUUCCUUUGUUCGACUACCAGCCUCUGUGGGUAGAUGCUCUAUGUAUCAACCAAAGUGAUAUUGAAGAAAGAAACAGCCAGGUUGGGAUAAUGAGGAGUAUAUACUCCCAGGCUAUGCUCGUAUUCAUCUGGAUGGGUGAGGAUGAAGAUGUCGUGCGCGGGUUACACAUCAUUGUGGGCCUCGUAAGGGUGAUGUCUGAGAGGUAUGGAGAUGAAUUCGAUAUCUUGAACCCAACAGACGAACAACUUGGGACAUUUCUGUCUUCAGGUGGAUACAACUUUGGAGACGAGAACUUGGGUCCGGGGGGCUGUCUCCAAGUCUUGGGACGCUUUUUCAAUAACCCGUACUUUCGACGGAUCUGGGUUCUUCAGGAAGCCUCAUGCAACCCCCAGUUGACCUUCAUCCAUAUUACCAACGCACAGGUUCCUUUGAGCUAUAUACUUGUUGCUGAGCGAUGCUACAAGUUGUGGGAAACUCUGUAUUUUACUGGCAAACCCACUCUUCCAGUCGCCUGGGGGUCAAUGCUGCGAAAGCAAUUACUUCACAUCAGAGAUUUCCAACAGAAGAACGGUGAGAAGAGGUCACACAAUAAGAAAACAUGCAGCUUGCUUGGAAGGCUAUAUAAUCUCUUCGAGCAUACCUAUACGGAUUUUGAAGCUACAGACCCACGCGACAAGCUCUAUGCGCUACUCGACUUUGCUCUAGAGACUCAAAAUGGUAUGGGAUCAAGGCAAGAUCUAGCGCCAGAUUACAACAAGACUGUAACCGAGGUCUUUUCCAACUUCACGCUAUGGUGCAUUCGAUACUCUGGGAAUCUUGACGUGCUCGGCUUACUUGCCAGUGGGCCGCGCCGAGUCCUACCAGAGGAUUUUGCCAGGCUUGGGGCGCAUGAUCCGCCUACCCAGUCAUAUCUUGAUGUCAGAUCCCAUCCUUCAUGGGCUGUUUGGCCUACUGGUGGAGGAAUCUGGACUCAAGGCAGCCUGGCGAAAGAACCCAACUUUGGCCUAGCUACACAGAGAGAAGUCCGUCUCUUCCAGCUCGCUACUCAUCCAAUGAUUAGACUUCCUGAAGAUCUAACUCACCGAAUUAUAAGCCUCGGUGGCCUACAGAUCGGAAAGGUCAAGUCCGUUUUCCAAAUGCCUCUUAAAUGUAUGCAAACUACUGUUGAGAACUCGUUUCUAUCUAAAAAGUGGGGGACAGAGGCGUUAGAAAAAGACAUGGAGACAGAUCGAGCGAUGCCCGUCAUGAUUUUGACUCAUCCCUAUAAUCGUGGCUUAUUUAGAGGCGGCAUCCCUCUUCUCUGGUCAAUGAUUAGUAAAAGCGAGUCACCGCCUAUCAUCAUCGACGACGAAGAGGGCGGAACACUCAGCUCCCAAGAAUGGUUAGGCAGGCAAGGGGGUAGAUACAACGGAAAAGAUGAACUGAUGUUUCGAGACUUUCUAGAGACUCUUCUCCUGAGCCCAGUCUACCGCGGUGAGAACUCCCUGGACCAUCAAGAUGAUACAGUACCCGAUGGUCCCUGGAGUGACAAAGACAUGGCGACGAGCAUAGCAAUGUGCUGGGGAGAGAACGAUCCUCGUUUUAUGUUUCCUCCGCCAAGGAUUGCGGGGAUCUUGAAAGGCGAACUAUUUGAAAGGCCCGUCCCACAACCAAAAUUGUUUCCACUGCAAUGCCGUGGCGUGGGUAAAUGCUUUUUUAUCACUGAGGAUGAACGGAUGGGUAUGUGCUCACCGGACGUACGUUCCGGUGACAUUAUUAUUGCGCUUUUCGGAUCUCGUCUUCCUUUUGUGGUACGCCCAGUGAGGCAAGAAACCAAAUUUGAAGGGGACGAUUGGUCCUUCAAAGGUUCCGAAGAACUAAAAGAUCAUCUGUACAGAUUCAUGGGGGAAUGUUAUCUACAUGAGCAAAUGACGAGCUCAUUCUUCAGGGAUCAAGGCAUGGAAUCAAGGCAGAUGGAAGUGUUUAAUUUAUGUUAG